UACAGACAGGAGCAGGAGAGGUGCUUCAGUUAACUUAUACACAUGUACGGUCCUGGGAACAGUUUUUCUGCUAGGAUGUAUAGCAGUGGAAUAUUUUUGAUCUUUUUUAUCACAUGCCAGAUGCUUGGAUCUCAGAGCCAGGAGUGUGUGAGCAGGCAGGAGGUCCAGAGCACUCUACACCAUGUCCAUAAGCUGCUCUCAGCGCACGAGACCUCCUUCUUACAGAGCGUACGCAGCCUGCGCAAGAAACUCAACCUGCUACACAACACCACAGUUAAACACAGCAGCAACAUCAGCACAGGCAAGAACAGCACACAAAUAUGCCUGCCUCCAAACCCACCAGUCAAUGGCAGGAUGCUGGGCCAAGUGUUCAGAGUGGGCCAUGAAGUCCACUUCCUCUGCAACCCUGGUUUCCAGCUGUCAGGGCCAGAGACUAGGGAGUGUCUGGAUUCUUUGAGCUGGAGUGGAGAAGAGCCAACCUGCAAGAUGGUAGAUGCUGGAACACACAAUAUCCCUACUUCGUCCACACCCGCAUAUGUGCGUCCCUCCCGCUGUAUAGAGUUUCAGGGCUCCAUGCACUGCACAUGUGAGCAAGGCUACAGCAUCUCUAGCCAGGAAAGAGGCUUGUGCACAGACAUUGAUGAAUGCGAGCUCUUCCGUAUGACCCAACCUGGCCGUCUAUGUUUGCACACGUGUAUGAACACAGCUGGGAGCUACUACUGCCAAUGUCCCACCGGCUACAGCGUCAAAGACAACAGGAGCUGCCACGAUAUUGAUGAGUGUGAGAAAGGAGUUCACAACUGUACCAAAGAGCAGGUGUGUGUGAACACUUUCGGGGGUCACAGGUGCAUGGUGGUCGAAUGCCCUCGCUUCCGCAAUGCUUCCUACAUCAAGACCUCACCUCUGCAAUGUGAGCGUAAUCCCUGUGUCCAGGGGAACAAAGCUUGCCUCCAGGCUCCCGUCUCGGUCAACUUUCACUUUAUGUCAGUGGUGUCGAACAUGAGCACUCCCCGCGUCCUCUUCCGGGUUUCAGCGGCCCGUAUUCUGGGAGACGCCCUGCGCUUCGGACUGCUGGGAAAUCGAGGGGCAGGGCAUUUCACCCUUCAGCGCUCGAGCAGACAGAGUGGGGAGCUGCUGCUGGUGGAGCCCGUGCAAGGCCCUGCCACGCUAGAGACUGAGGUAGAGAUGAUCGAGCUGGAGAAGAGAACACUGCUGGGACGAUAUGUUACAAAGGUUACACUCUUCGUGUCCCCUUACAGCUUCUAAAACACAGAGUGAGGAGGAAACAGACUGGAGAAUAAAGUGAUCUUGCCACCCGAGACACUUAUUAUAACCGCCUUACAAACACAGGAACUAAAAACGAAGUACAACAGAUUUCCAGCUGGGAAAAUCCAAAAUCUUUAUCAGAAAGCUAUCAAGAAUCACUCUUAAUUGUGUUUUUAUAGCCUUUUAUAUAUUUAAUUUGACAAUCUAGUUUUAUUUCAUAAUCUAGUGUGUAUUUCAUCUAACUUUAAAAUAUAAACAUUUUAUCAUAUCUUAUUUUAUAGUUUUCAAAUUCAGUUUUAACAAUGACUGAUAUUUCUGCUUCAAUAUUCACAGUGAAGCACAAUGACAUCUUCCACGAUUUUAAUGUCUUAAUCAACAUGUCUGAAACGGUCUCUGCUGCCAAACCACAAAUCCUCCUCAUGAUUCUGGGCCAUCAUAAAGGAGAAGGAUUGUCUCCAAGGACUGACUGAAAGGCAUUCCCACAAAGAAUUCUUCACCUUAAUGACAGAAUGCCAAGGCAGGACCUCACAGACCUCUCCUCAAUGACCAUCAUUUACUGUGUGGAGCUAUAAAAAGUAUUCAAACACAGAGAAGUUGCCUUUCGCACGCUCACUCCUUCUCUCACACUCUCUCUCUCUCGCUCUCUCACACACACACGAAAUAUGUCACGUGACAUGGAACCCCACAUAUACCCCUGCUGAAAAAUCCCCCAAUAGAAUCCAUCACAGAAAUUUUAAUGGUUUCCACUACAAAUACCAUUACAAACCAUCAGCUAACCAUUACCAUAAUUACCAUUACUGGUCUUUAAUGGUAUCCAAUAG